AUGGGCUACCAGGGGCAGCGGCCCGUCAUCCCACCACAGAGCCAUCUAGAUGACAGAGAAACCCUCGUUUCUGAACAUAAGCACAAAGGGAAAACUUGUCGUCAGUCUGCUGCUGUUUUUAAUGUUGUCAACUCGAUUAUAGGAUCUGGUAUAAUAGGAUUGCCUUAUUCAAUGAAGCAAGCUGGCUUUCCUCUCGGAAUAUUGCUUUUAUUCUGGGUUUCAUAUGUUACAGACUUUUCCCUUGUUUUAUUGAUAAAAGGAGGGGCCCUCUCUGGGACAGACACUUACCAGUCUUUGGUCAAUAAAACUUUUGGCUUUCCAGGAUAUCUCCUACUCUCUGUUCUACAGUUUUUGUAUCCUUUCAUAGCUAUGAUAAGUUACAACAUAAUAACUGGAGAUACUUUGAGCAAAGUUUUCCAAAGAAUCCCUGGAGUUGAUCCUGAAAACUUGCUUAUUGGUCACCAUUUCAUUAUUGUGCUUUCCACUGUUGCCUUUACUCUGCCUUUGUCCUUGUAUCGAGAUAUAGCGAAACUUGGAAAGAUCUCUCUUAUUUCUACAGUUUUAACAACUCUGAUUCUUGGAAUUGUAAUGGCAAGGGUAGUUUCAUUGGGUCCACACAUAACAAAAACAGAAGAUGCCUGGAUAUUUGCAAAGCCCAAUGCUAUUCAGGCUGUUGGUGUAAUGUCGUUUGCAUUUAUUUGCCACCAUAACUGCUUCUUAGUUUAUGGUUCUUUGGAAGAACCCACAGUAGCUAAGUGGUCUCGCAUCAUCCAUGUGUCCACCUUGAUUUCUGUAUUUAUCAGUAUUCUCUUUGCUACAUGUGGAUACAUGACAUUUACUGGCUACACCCAAGGAGACUUAUUUGAAAAUUAUUGCAGAAAUGAUGACUUGGUAACAUUUGGAAGGUUUUGUUAUGGAGUCACUGUCAUUUUGACGUACCCGAUUGAAUGCUUUGUGACUAGAGAGGUAAUUGCCAAUGUGUUUUUUGGUGGGACUCUUUCGUCAGUUCUCCACAUUAUCAUAACAGUGGUUAUCAUUACUGUGGCUACACUUGUGUCAUUGCUGAUCGAUUGCCUUGGAAUAGUUUUAGAGCUCAAUGGUGUGCUCUGUGCAGCUCCCCUAAUUUUUAUCAUCCCAUCAGCAUGUUAUCUGAAACUGUCUGAAGAACCGAGGACACACUCAGAUAAGAUUAUGUCCUGUGUCAUGCUUCCCAUUGGUGCUGUGGUGAUGGCUGUUGGAUUUGUCAUGGCUGUCACCAAUCCUCAAGACUGCACCCACGGGCAGGAAAUGUUCUACUGCUUUCCCGACAAUUCCUCCCUCACAAACAUCUCAAUUUCUCAUUUUCAACUGACAACGCAACUUUCAAUUUUAAACGUCAGCAUCUUUCAGUGA